CUAAACAUGUGACUAACCAGAAAAUAAUACGAGUUGUGAAGAAAGGCGGUAUUAUUACAUUGUUUAUCUCGAUCAUUACACAAGAAAAUAUAUUUAACAGUUUUCUGUCAAUCUGCCAUCUAGGAGAGGAAAUAGUCACAAGCAAAUUAGUUUUUGUUUUAUCCGUGGCGCUCUCGACCCAAACAAUGAAUUCCAACAUGGAGGCAAUGUGCUACACAGUUUGAAAAUGCAGGCCGUGUCAUGCUUUGAAAAAAAUCAUUUUAUAGUUGAUUUUGGUGGAAAAUGUCGGACCCUAAACGUGCUACUCUUAUAACAGUGGGUGCUCCAAAAAGUGCAAAGAAUAAAGUGACUAAAACAGUGAGAUUAACUAUAAAUUUGGAUGAAAGCAACGAAAGUAAAUAUCCUGAGCUGAAUUACAAGGAACUAGUCAUAACAGAAGAGAGAAAAAAAAGAGUGGAAAAUGGAAAGACUGGAGGGCUGGACCCUUUCUCAGACAACGAUGAUGAUGUGGAGCGUGUUGCAAGGAAGUUUGAACAGAAAUAUGGUGGUAAGAGCACAUAUGGUAGAAGGGGACGUAAACGGGACGAUUUUGCGGAUAUCGGAGCAGGCUAUGAUGAAAAUGAUUCAUUUAUUGACAACACACAUGGUUAUGAUGAGAUGAUCCCUCCGGAAUGCGACACUCUGUAUGGUGGUUUUUACAUCAACAGUGGAUCGCUGGAAUUCAAGACAGUGCCUGAUGGUCAGAACGGCAACUCUGAUGAACCUGCAGCUAAUAGAAAGAAGAGAUGUAUUUCAUCAAGUAGUAGUGAAGAUGAGUCUUCGGAGAGCUCAUCAGAGUCUGAAAGUGCGGAGGAGAAGGAACCUAAAGCGAUAGCAAACGGUACACUGGACUCCCAUGAGACUGAACAUCGGAAAAAGAAAAAUAAAAAGAUCGAUAAGAAGAAAGCGGACAAAAUCCGUAGGACGGACUCCUCUGCGGCUACUUCUGGUAAACAGACAUCAGAUGACAAUGGUCCAGGUGAUGCGGAGAGUGCGGACUCCCGGACUUCACAGUCCGACUCCCUCACUUCCAAACCUGCCCCCAGCUCUGAGAAUGCUAUCACCUCUGAUAGCUCCAGGGAUGUGGAGUCAAAGGUGGAGGUGAAACUCCCCCAAGCAGUGAGCCAGGUGCUGGAGGAGCUGGAGGCGCUAGUACGGCUGCUGCACUCCGUCAACACCUCCUCCGAGGAUGUGGAGCUCAAAGCUGACCCUUAUAUUAUCAGAUUGGAGCGUUCGUUAGCCGAAUGCAGUGCGGGCAGUCGCGUGCAGCGCGCCGCGUGGGGCAGAGCUGCCCGUCUGCUGCGUCUCGGGAGACAUCGGUUACAACGACGUGCUGCUGACCUUACACGUGAUAACGCAACACCAACCACAACAAUUGCUCAAACUACAGUCAACUCGGUUACAACUGCAACAAUAACAACAGUUAACACAACAACAACCAACACAACAACAACAAACACAACAACAACAAACACAACAACAUCCAACACAACUACAACAAACACAACAUCCAACACAACAACAACUACAACGAGCAAUAAACGUAAAUACGAAGAAGAUACGGAUAUUAUGGAUAUAAGCAGAUUAACAGCAGAUGAAAAGGAAGCUAAGAUUGUAGAAACAUUACAGAGGUUAAAGACACUAAUUGAAGAACGCAGGCCGGGGAUGAUAGCUAACUACAAUGCGGAGUGCGAGAGAGUACAAGAAGAAAGGAAAAAGAUCCAAAUAGCGUCUCGUUCUGAAGGCGCGCCUAUGAUAGAGAAGCGGCUGCCGAAGCGCAGGUUCCCGUGGUGCGGGCGCAGCCGCGCGCUGCUGGCGCGCCUGGCGCGGCUGGCGGGCGCGGCGCCGGCCGACCUGCUGGCGAGGAGGGCGCUGCCUUUGUUCCCUAAGGGAUUUGUGAGGAUGCCCACCUUGUUACGACAAGCGGAUCUCAGCAAAGAAAUGAAAGCGGCGGAAACGAAACGUCAACGAACAAAUGAGCCAGUCUCACAAACAGUCCCAUACACUGAACAAAUACAAUUCCCAAGUUCUCUAACUGUCACCACCAGUGUUAAAACAUCAGAUAAACAGGAAACAGAAGACAAAGACUCGAAAUACAAAAUAAACCCAGCUGUAUUCGGCAAAAUAAUUAACUAUUCAAUAAGUAACGAUCUUAUAGUAGAAAAGUCUGAUGACAAAAAGAAAGAAAACGAUAAAAUCAAAGAAGACUACAUUCCCACAAAUAACAUCGGCUGUAUAACAAUAACUCCAGUGCCAAAUCAGAAACCUUUAAAAAAAAACAACAUAAUCACAGAUAAGAAAGAACCAUUAAUAAAAGUGAUAUCACCAGCCGCGUUAAACGAAAUGGUGAAGAAAGAUAAACAUAAAAAGCCGGAAAAAAAGAAAAAUAGAGUCGAAUCUCCAUUACAUAUAGACACCGGUUAUCAAAAUAAAGAAACAACCGCCAGUCCAAAGAAAGAAGAAGUAACACAGAAGCAGCUAGAAAGUAUGAGAACAGCGGAGAACAAUCUUCCCAGACCGGCUUUAGUCCCUGUACAUCAUUCCCCGACCUUUGCCAAACCCGAUAAGAGGCCUCCGGAAGUUAAAAAAAAGAAAGAUGUCAUGAUUAUGUCAGACGUGGAUCCAUUAGGUGACAUAAUACAAGAGCCGGUAGCUAUAGACGAUAGUAGUAGUGAUAUCGAAGUUGUAGAAGACAAGAAUAUAGACAAAAGUGACAAGACAGUGCCUUUGAGUGACAAAGUGUGUAGUGAAGUGAAUAGUGUAAAAAAGGACAGUAAAGAGUGUCAACAGAAUUAUUUAGAAGAAUCAACUAAUGAAGAUAUGGAUAAUCUAAUGAGGAAUAUUAUAGCUAUGGAGCAUUCACAAGAACCUGCCAAGUUAAAUUGCAACUCAUAUGGGGGAGUUAUUACUAGUGCUAAGCACGAGUCCAACAAACAGUACAACGCAAGGAAUACUAUAUUUGGGGGUCAGCAUAGUGAUAAAAACAAAUUCGCAGGACUAACUUCUUUGAACAAAAUGGAUGGAUGUAGCGUCAUCACAGGUUGAUAUGAUACAGAGUGAGUACACUAAAUAAGUUGUAAUACGGCAGUACCGCCUUUGUCUGCUCCUGUCCACCCUCUUUUGUAACUCAAAAGAACAGAAUAGUAAUAAAUUAUAUAAAAAAUUGUAAAUUUUUGGUGAUAAAUGGCCACACUCAGUCUUAGUCCAUUUUAAUACUAAGAGGCGCCUUAAGUUACUGAGUGUGGUAACUUGUAACAAGUAUCGGAUGUUUAUGUUUCAAAUUUAGAUUAUUUUACAGAUUUUUUUUCAUUUAAUCUUUUAUUUAUGUUUUGGAAUAUGUGUCCGAUUUUUUCAUGUUCGCAUUAGGACAAACAGACUAUAUUCCCACUAUAUUAAUUCCCUUAAUUUCAAUAUAUAUGUAAAAUUUGAAAUAAAGUUUUGUGCUAGAAUAUUAAAUUGGAGAAACUAAUUUUAUUGA